CACCUCACAGCCACACUGUUGUUUGCAUUCAACCAAUCACUGUGUCCUCUCUGACUGGUUUGGGGAGCAGCUCACACUUUCUGUCACUCUGGACGGCGGCGUUCCUUUUCCAGAGGGACUGAUGUCUUCCUGACACCUGGCAGCUGAGGCCGUCAUGGACUGGAGUGUCGGGACGGUGGAGCUGCUGGGGGUUCUGCUCUCAGCAGGGGGCUGGCUUUGCUCUCUGUGCACAACUAUGAUGCCGUUCUGGCUGACACUCUCCACAGACCUGCUCCCCACUGAGAGUUUGGAGGUGGGACUGUGGAAGACCUGCGUUAUCCAGGACUUGGGCCUGCAGGAAUGUCGACCGUACAACAGCCUGCUGGGUCUGCCGCCAGACAUCAAGCUGGCCCGGAUUCUGAUGUGUGCCGCUCUGGGUUUUGGCCUCAUGGGCUCGGUGCUGGCCGUCCUGGGCCUGAACCUGAUCAACAGCUGCUGUCGCAAGAUGGACGACCGAAGCUUCAAGAAGGUCCUGAAGACGGCAGGUGGGACGUUGAGCCUGGCAGCUGGAAUCCUGGUCCUGGUUCCAGUCUCCUACAUAGCUCACCUGACUGUGGUGCGAUUCUUUGACGAGUCGGUGCCGGAUGUGGUUCCUCGCUGGGAGUUCGGCGAUUCUCUGUUCUGCGGCUGGACAGCUGGAGUUCUGCACCUGGUGGCGGGAACGCUGCUGCUGAUUUCUUCUUUGUAUCUGCAGGAGCAGAACCGGAAUCUACCUGUCCACAUCCCACUGGUCCCGGUGUCGCAGAGACAUCGGUCGGUCAGAAUCAGUGCUGAGUACAUCUAGAGCACCAAUCAGGAGAAAGCGUCUGCUUGCACAUUGUUGGAAAUCUGACUUGACGUGACGAUUUGAAACGUUAUUUGUGGAAAAUCCCCAAGAUUCUUUCCGUGCGUACGAAGAUGUCUGUAGUUUGUUGGUGCCAAAGAAACAAAAAGCUGCUAUUUCCUGUUUCCUCUCGUUUAACAACCUCCAGCAUUCUCUCUCUAUCUGUAGACACGGUUGUCAAUUUAAUCAAGACACAAGGAAGCUUUCAGCUUCAUUUUGAUCUUGGAAAACAUCAGUGACUGCAGAUCAGUGCUGGGAGGUUUGACUGAAAAGAAUAAAUUCAUAGAGGUGAAAAAUCACUGUAUAGAUCAGCAUGGUUAACAGCAGGCAUUACUACUUACAACCAAUAUAUACAGUAUAUAUAACCCAUGCAGUGUAAUGUAAUUGUUACACCACCAGAGGGCUAUAAGUCACCAUCAAUAGA